CAUGCUGCAUCGUGACCUUUGUUCUUUCAGGCAAAGGAUAAAGAGGAAAGGCUGCUGAAGAGACAGCAGAACAGGGAGCGAAUGGAAGAGAAGCGCAAACAGAAAGCAGAGCAGACUCAAGAACAAGACUUGAUUUCCUAUGCAGAGCACAAAAAACAAAAGUGUGGAGACAUUGCUGGAGGACUGGAGGGCCCUAGGGCCAAAGAGGCUCGCAAAGAAAGGAAAGUUUUAGAGAAAAAAAUGGCUCUCAACAGGAAGAGAAAACUAGACUCAAGGAUACAGGCUGAUGUUUCAAGCAAGAAGAAAGGAGAUACAGGAGGAGAGGGAUCCAAGAAAGUGGAAGUGAAAUCUGCCAGUUCAAAGGCUCCAUUACCAAAACUGUUUAGAAAUCUGUCAGAAUCAGCAUCGUUUGAUGAGAGGCACAGAAGGAUGAGUGGCAGUGUGUCAGAAGAUACUGGUGAAACCAAAAAGCUGUCUGACAAAGGCUGGACACACUCCUUCAUCCUGGACUUGGAACAAGGUUCCCAAGAGGCUCUGAAACAACGUUCAGUUGGAAAAUUUGACCGGCUGACCCGCAAAGAACUUCAUACUAAAGAACGCAAAGACAAAGAACGCAGUCUGUCUGAUGAACGUGCAAAACUCAAACAAAAGCAGGAGAAGAAAUCUGAACACCAGGUUGAUGAAUCUCAGCAGAGGGAAGGUGUGAAAUUGUCUUCUGAAGAGAAAGGUGAGAAGAAGCCUAAGAUUAAAAGUGAGAGGAAAAUGAUGGGAAACACAAGAGACGGAAAGGUGUCUGUGUCUGAAGUUGUUGCUGACGAGGGUCCUAAAGAUGCCAAGAAGGUAAAAGCUCCAUCCACUGAGGCUGCUAAAGCAGAGGACAAGGAGAAAGAAAAGGACAAAAUGAGGGAUAAAGAUAAGAGCAAAGAUAAAGAAAAGGCCAAAGGGGAGAAAACUUCAGCUAAAAGUGAUUUCAAGCAGCUGCCUCGCCCAGACUCCGCUGGUUCCUCUGAGGAUCGGUCUGACAUGGAGCCUGGGUCUGACAGCAGCAAGAAGAAAGAUAAACAACAUGGCAAAGAAGUCCUGAAGAGGUCAAAGAGCCAGACUGAGGACAAGCAAGGAGGAGAAAAGCCCAAAUCUAAAAUGGAUAGUAAAGACAGCGAGAAGGAGAAAACUAAAGCAGAUCAAGACAGCCAGAAACCAAACAAGUCCACAUCUGAAGCAGACAAAGAUCCAAAGAGGGUUAAACCAACAGAAAAAGGAAGAAUUGUGGAAAAAUCUAAAUCUAAAUCCAAAGAGGAAACAAAGACUGACAAGAGAGUUCAGAGCUCAGAAGUCAGAAGUGCAGGUGGUGCAUCUAUCAGCAAACCUGAGACAAAGGAGAAAAAAAAAGAGGGAAAUGCAAAGGAACAGUGGAAGGUUUCCGAAGACUUUUCACAUGAGAAAUCAGAAAUUAAGAGUGCAAAGAAAAAACUAGAGAAGAAGGAUAAAGUCCCAGAAAAGAAAGGCGAUAGCCAAGAAGAGAAGAAACCACCCAGAGAAGACAAAUUGGAAAAGUCUGAUAAAUCUUCAAAGUCUCCAGUCGUAUCUCUGAGUCUUGAGGCAGAUGAGCCACCUAAGAAACCAUCUGUUCUCCAGGACACGAGCGCAGACUCUGAUCUCGUCACCACCUCAUUCUCAGACGACACCUGUGAUGCCUUGAAUGACAUCACCCCUGAGCCACCCGAAGGUGAGACAAUGUCACGACUCAGCGAGAUGCCAGUUGUGCCGGCUGAGGCGGAUGCUCUACUGACUCUUAUGGAUGUUUGCACCUCAGCAGAGGCGAGACUUCCACCUGAGGCCAUUCAAGGGGAUGUGUCUGUUGCGAUGGCGCUUCAUGAUGCCGAUAUGAAGAUGAAAGAGGCAGCUCUGACUCUGCUCUCUAUGGACCCAGACAGCACAGUGUCCUCCAGCUUAAUCAGUCCAGACAAAAGGGAAGAACCAGAAGUGAAUCCACCCACCCCACAACUGAUGGAAACAACUGCAGCUGAAGAAGAAGAAGAAAAAGAAGAGCAGCAUCUUCGUUUGGAUGUGCAGACAGCUGCUGAAACUGAGUUCCCAGCUACCGAGUCGUCGCCACUUGCACCUAAACCAACUGCUGAGCUUGGUGAUGAAAAACCAAACACUGCAGAAGAGUCUCAAAGGUCAGAGAGAGAAAUGGACAUGUCAGCGUUUGAAAGUACAGGGGUGAUUGCACCACAGGAGGUUGACACUCCCUUAAAUGAAUGCCAGGAUUCUUUGAAUGAGAAUGAAACCAAAAAGGCAGAACUUCCCCCCAAAACACAGCCUGAUGACAAACUGGUACCACCAGCAGCUGACAAAGAAGCUGCAGCUGGACCAGAAGAGGUCGGAGAGACAACAGUAGCCAUCGUCUCAAAUACCACUGACCAAGUCUCAGAAAUGUCCAGCAAACAAGAACAAAUGGACCCAGAUGUUUCAGACACAAAGACAGUCCCCGAGGCAGAGGAAGUGGUCGCUGAGGAGACCCAGACCAACGUGGAUGCAAAUGAUGAAGCUGAGAGCAAGACAGUAGAAGAAACUGUCACAGCAGAAAAGAGUGACCCACAAAGUAUGGAAACCAGUGUUUCAGACCAGACUGAGGAGGUCGGAGAAGGUGAACCUGAGAGUCGGCCCAAAAUAGUGAAACAAAUCAGUAACGUCUCCAGCACAGACAGCCAGGAAGAUGAGAAGGGAUCAGACCUGUCAGAAAAAGAAGAAAAGACAGAGGGAAGAGAAAGACGAAAACGAAAGCUGUCCAGUCAAAAUGUUAUAGCAUUGAAAGAAUCUGGUGAUCAGCAUGAAGAGAAGGAAAGUAAAGAGCAGCCACCUGCUGAGGAAACUGAGAAGGCUGCUGAAGUCAAAACACCACGCAGGGGACGGUCAUCCAAAACCAUCAAGGAGGGGGAGAAGGACCAACCCAACGAACCUGAGAAACUGGAGGAGACUCCGAGCCGCAGGAGAAGAUGCUCAGGAGCUGCAGCCAAAGAAGCCACUGCUGAUAAUCAGGACAACGAUGAGAUUAAAGAAGAGGAGAAAACUGAUGAAGCUUCAUCAGAGAAAGAGCGAACAGAAGAAGAAGGUGCACCCAUGAAAAGUGGUCGACGAGGAAGUCAGGUCAAUGUGCCGACUCCAGUUCCAGAGGAAACUGAAGCUGCAGGAAGCUCUGACUCCAGCGAGACAGCUGGCGCACGUAAACCAGCAGUGAAGAGAAAGAGGUUGGAGGAAACAGAGGAAUCCUUGGAGGAAACCCAAGCUGUUAAGGAGGUGAAAGAAUACAACGCUCAACAGGAACAAAGUGAGCAACAGCCUGAAAAAGACAGCGGUGGUUCUCCUUUGCUGAGCCAGAGGGAUGAGGGACAAGAGGAGGUCAAAGAGGAGAGCUGCAACAAGAAGAAAGCAGAAGAUACUGAGGAGGAGCAACAACUAGAGGACCAAGAGAUGACUCCAAAGAGAGGUGCUCGGAGGGGGCGGCCCUCAAAGGCAGCUGCAGCCACAGACAACUCGGAUAAAAAGGUAGAAGAAAAAGAAAUUGCGCAGAAUGAUGAGGAGGAGGAGGAUGGUGAGAAAGAGGAUGAAGAAAAGGAAAUGGCAACCAGAGCUACCACACGGUCAGCAGCUCGCCUGGAGGCUGAAAGAAACAAGCCAAGUAAACCAUCCACCCGGGCAAGUCGACAGAGUGGUAAAGAGGAGACCGCAGCUGGCGCACGCGGGACGAGGGGCCGUAAGCGUGAGCUCAGCCCUCCUGCGGUGCGAAUGCGGGGAGGACAGAAAUCAGAGGAGCCCCCUCCUAAGAGAGUCAAGCGCUAAACCCUCCAACUGUGGCGGACCUUUUGCCCCAUCAGUGGUGUUUUUUGUUUUUCUGCAGUCCAUAUUCAAGUCAGUUUUGUUACGGGUCAGAGCGCCUUGACACUCGGUUUGCACGUAAAGCUGUUCCUGCUUCAUUUAAUGUAGAUAUUGAAAAGCUCUGGAUAGUAUUAGAUACUUCUCUCAUGGUGGAGCGUAAAGUUGAGUAGGAAUCCCUCCAAAUACCUUCUGCUACACUGUGCCCAUAUGGUUUGGAUCAGACUUCAUCAACCCUCAGCUUACUCAGUAAUGGCCAGUGAACCAGAGCUUCUCAGGCCAAUCACAGGACUAAUGUGCAGCCGAGUCGAGCUUUGAGAUAAAGAGGGUGAGCUGAAAUUACUGGUCAUUCGGUCAGAGGCCAGAUGUGACACCGACAUCACGCGUUACCUCUGAGUUGUACAUAGUUUAAUGAUUGAAUAUUCAUUCUGUGAAUGAACGGCCUUUCCCUCCCACAUUUUUUUAUGUUUUUGUUUUUAUAUGUGAUACUCAGAAGGUAAGGGAAGUUUUCUCUCUAGUGAAAUAACAGCAGUAUUAGUCACGUGGAGAAGUUACUAAAAACUGAAUUUUCUUCACGUAUUUGUAACGGCACUCGCUGCAGACAGUACAGUUUCUUAUGGCAGUAAUCUUUGUACUGAGUUAACUGUGGAUCACACAGUGUUGCUGUUGGAUACUCUUCCUUCUUUCAUUGUUUCAAAAGCAAAAAUAAACCACUUCAGUUUCUUACUUGUGGCUUACAAUUAUCAUUUCUAAUUUAGCAUUUAUUCUGUAAACAAGGCAUUUCUCUCCACUUUUAAAUUCAUUCUAGCUCUAUAAUCAAAUCAAAGCACAGAAAAUCGGUCUGUUUUCUUAAACAUUUUGACAACUUGCUGUUAAUUCAUAUUAAACUUAAUAUCUACAUCCAGAAUAUACUCACAUUCUAGUUUUUGUCGUUUCCUUUUUGGGAGAAGCCAGCUGUACAUCUGUUAAAGGAAAACCAAACAGCUGCUUCUGGAAGCUGAAGCAUUUGGUUAUGAAAAGGUAUUGCACACAACAGAGUUUAGAUUUGUAUUAUCGCUGUUAUUACGUCUCCUCUGUUUCCUAAAUGGGUGUUCUGUCUGUAAUAUGUAAAUGGCCACAGACAUUAACCAGGGAAUGGGAGAGGACAUUCCUGCCUGCUAAUGGGGGAUAAAUCUGACAAACUCAGAAUAACAUGUUCCAUCACUUACAUGUUAGGAGGCUUUAAUCACUGCGCCUGAAUUUACAGGAUCCAAAAAGUAGGGCGAGAGAUUACGGAGAGCCCGAGUUCUCUGGUUGAAGGUUUCAAUCCUUUUUUUUUUUUUUGAUAAACUUAGUUCCUUAAAGGUGUACCUCUCAAGUAUUUCCUGGUGCUGCAAUCCAAACCUUAUAAUAUUAGCCCAAUAAGUCUCAUUUAAAGGUUUGGAUCAGCUUUCGUUCACCCACCAGGUCUGGCAGAGAAACAGCGCUGCUUUCACUCACUGAUGCCAUUGGAGUGACUUGACACGUCAUUUUACUUUAGUCAUUUACAGUGUGCUCCAGAUCAUUUUUGAAUUUGCCAACAGGUUUCUGCUGCUGAGGCACGGUAGACAAAUCUAUAGGCAACAGCUUUUAUGUAUGAGAGGGAGGACUGCUUAGUUAUUGCUUAGUUGGCUGUUUAGUUUUCAGCUCAGCAGGUAAAAUACUGCUUUUAGGAGUUUUCAGUUGUACUGGGAGGUUGUUUUUUUUUUUUCCAAGUGACAAUUGUGCCCUGUCUGCUCAUUUGUACUAAUUUACUAAAACAUGAUGUGUUGAACAAGUCAAAGUUUCCUGCUACACUGUGCUUGUAACAAUUUCUGUUCCACGUUUAUUCAUCUAAAGCUUUUUGACUCUCUUGCCCUCAUCAGGAUGGUGUCUGAAUCAUGACAUGUAGUUUCAGAAAUGCAGUAUUUAAUUCUAGUAGAUAUCAUAAAUGGCAAACAUACUGUAUUACAACCAACUUUUGGUUAAAAUGUUUUUUAACAAAGACAGUGCUAACUUGUUCACUCUUUUUUUAAUUCAGCAACCUUUCGACUCAGAAAUGAGUUGGGACACUCCAUAAACAAA